AGAGGAGAGAGAAAAAAAUCCAUACGAAACAUAUAAAACGUGAGGCGGUGUUUCCGUUGGUUUUUAUGAUCAAAACUAGUUCCUCAUCCCCUGAAUCCUCUUCUCCAAGCAACAAACAUACUACAAAGGGAACAAACCCAUAUUAAUAGAUGAUGUCUACAGACUACAAACACAAUUGCCAAAUCUGUUGAUUCUACUUAGAGUCGGUGUCUGAGUUUCUUCAGUUCAAUUCAUAUUUUGCUCUCAACUACUAGGAGAAACGCGUUGUUACUUCGUCUCCAGGUAAAGCAAAUGUCAUUGAUGAUUUCUUUUCUUUCCCCAUAUUCGUUUGGCAGAUAUUCUUAUUCCUCUUAUCUUCACCUUUUCCCUUCCACUAGAAUAGAUUACAAUUCAAUUGCGUAGGAUUUGCUUUAGAUUUCCUUGUAAAGCACUUGGGUUUUCUUUUUCUUUUUCUAAAAGUUUUGCCAAUCUAACCAAACACCCUUUUAGAUUUUGCCAACCUUGAUUUUCUCCCUCUUUUCUUGGUUUUGGGUAGUUUCAUUGGUUUCUAGAUUGAAACCUUUUGAUUUUGUUGAGAAUUGUUUGUUAUUGGAGUUACUCUCUGUUCCAAUGGAAACAACUGGCCAACAUGUACAUUUUAGAGAUUUAGUUGCUGACAAUAACACUAGGGGACAAAAAUUAGAUGACCAGAUUAACCAUUCGGGUACCGAAGAGGAUUCGAUUUCUGACUGUGAAAGUGGGAUUUCUGGACCAAACAAUGACGAGGAAUCUCAACUGUUUGGCAAUGGGUUGAUCGAAUUGGAUGAAGGAGAUAGGCUGCACCAGAUGAUCAAGCGGAAGUUUGUUUCGGGUUUGGGUAGUACUGGGAAUCAUGCCUCUGUAGUUGCUAUAUACAGAAAUUCUUGCUCUAGCUUUACAGGACAAGCGCGCCUUCAAUCAUUUCGUAUUUUUGCCAAAGCAAUGGGAAAUAAGUGUGGUGGUAAUGCAAAUUUGAGGUAUGCUUGGUAUGGCGGUUCGAAGGAUGAGAUUGAAAAGAUUAUUUCUUAUGGUUUUGGUCAUUGUGGGGAUAAUGAGGACAAGGGAUUGUAUGGCCAUGGCAUCUAUCUCUCUCCUGAAGAUUUCUCCAGUGAUUGUGUGGAAUCCACAAUUGUUGACAAAGAUGGCUUCAAGCAUCUAAUGCUUUGUCGCGUUGUUAUGGGGAAUAUGGAGCUUGUCCAUCCCGGAUCAGAGCAGUGUCAUCCGAGUUCUGAAGAGUUUGAUUCUGGAGCCGACAAUCUUAUUUCUCCAAGGAAAUAUAUAGUGUGGAGUACCCACAUGAAUACGCAUAUUUUGCCGGAGUACGUUAUAAGUUUCAGGGCUCCUUGUUCCACAAAACGUGUGCAAAGGAUUCAAGCUCCAAUGAGGAGACCAACUUCACCUUGGAUGCCAUUUGCUACUCUAAUAUCAGUACUUUCAAAGUUCUUACCUGCUCCUGCUAUGAGUUUGAUAACCAAGUAUCAUCAUGAGCAUAGAGAAAGGAAGAUCUCGCGCUAUGACUUGAUCAGGCGAGUAAGAGAGAUGGCAGGAGACAAGUUGUUGACUGCAGUCAUAAAAUCUUAUAGAGACAAGGUUAUUAUGUGCUUCUGAGAGUUAUGCUACUAGAAGGAGAAACUCAGCAUUUAUGCAUUAAGGAUAUGCUUUUUAGCAAGUAAUAGAAGAAGAUCACCUUAGGUUAGUUAUUGCUGUCAAAGUUGUCUCGUGAUAAGGUUGCACUUUUUUCUGGCAUCUAUGGCUACUUUAGUAACCAAAUAAACCAAGGCUGAUUAGGAACUGGAAAAGAUGGAGAAUAAAAAUGUUACUGCAACUUGUGAUUUGAUGCCUUCCUCUUUAACUGGCCUUGUUUAAGUUGCUCAAAUGCCCAUCAACUCAAGUACAUACCUCUUGCCAGUAGUGAACUAGUGGAGCAUCAUUUUUUUUCUCCCUACAUAGAUAGAUGCAUAUAUUCCUUAAGCUUUGAGAGAUU